GGCCAUUCUAUGAAGCCCAAAUAAAAAGCCCAAAUUGCUAAUUGCCUAUCAAUUCCUGACGAACACGAUACAGUUCCCCUCUUGUAAAAAUCUGUGCAAACCCUAAUUAUCGUGUGAGAUUGAGAUUGAAAAAUGGUGUGCAUACGAAAGGCGACGAUAGAUGAUUUGCUUGCUAUGCAAGCAUGCAAUUUGUUAUGCCUUCCUGAGAAUUACCAGAUGAAGUACUACUUCUACCACAUACUUUCGUGGCCUCAGCUUCUGUACGUUGCUGAAGAUUACAAUGGUAAAAUUGUGGGAUAUGUGUUAGCAAAAAUGGAAGAGGAAACCACUGAGUGCCAUGGGCACAUCACUUCCCUUGCCGUAGUCAGGACUCACCGGAAACUUGGUUUGGCUACUAAGCUCAUGACCGCUGCUCAGAAUGCUAUGGAACAGGUGUUUGGAGCAGAGUAUGUGUCUCUGCAUGUUAGGAAGAGCAACAGGGCCGCAUUUAAGCUGUAUACAGAGACAUUAGGAUAUAAGAUUCAUGAUAUGGAAGCCAAGUACUAUGCAGAUGGGGAAGAUGCUUAUGAUAUGAGGAAGGAAUUGAAGGGCAAGAAGCACCACCAGCAUCACCAUCACCACCACCACCACGGUGGUGGGUGUUGCUCUGGUGAGGUGAAGGUAGGACCAAAGGAAGGAGCAGCAGAAACAAAAGCAGCAUAAUUAUGGACCUAAAGUUUGGGACUUGGAAAUUUCGUGGAGUUCACAAGAAAUAUAUGUUACUAAUGUAUGUGUUCUACAUGAAACAACUACACCUUGUAAGGUUGGAACAUUGGUACAAGUAAUGCUUUUGGUUUUUCUGAUAUUGUAUUCACAUUUCAUAUCUAUUUUCUGAAGAAACUAUUGAAAAAUGAAUUUCCAAAAGUUAUCCAUCUUGAUUAAAUA